AUGACGAACUCUACUGUGCAGAUAGCAUUGAAGAACAACACGACUUCUUCAAAUGCAUUUGCUUACAUUACUGGGCUGGACUUGAACCAGAAUAAUGUCCCACUCCUCAUACAAGCCGACGGCCAGACUGUCUACAACCCAGUAUCGCCUUCAGCGACACUUCAGCCUCUGGCCGUUGAUUGUGCCAUAUCUCUUGGAGCCCCGGGAUCAACGACGACUGUGACCAUCCCACGCAUCGCCGGAGGUCGCAUCUGGUUCUGCCUAAACGGCAAGCUCACCUUUCUCGUGAACCCAGGCCCGGCCCUCGUUGAGCCCAGCGUCACCAACCCUAGCGAUCCCAACUACAACCUGUUCUGGGGAUUCUGCGAGUUCACCUUCAAUGAAUAUCAGCUCUUUGUAAACAUCAGCUACGUCGACUUUGUCAGCUUACCUAUUGCGCUCAAUCUGCUCAAUGAGAGUGGUGCUGUCCAGUCCGUGACAGGAUUGGCGUCUGGUGGCCUCGAUGCUGUCUGCACCAAGCUGAUAGCUCAGGAUAAUAGCGAUCACGCCGGCUGGAGCCAGCUCAUCGUGAAGGCGCCGGGUGGUUCCAACUUGCGUGCGCUGAGCCCCAACAGUGGCAUCGUAAUGAACAAUAGCCUGUUCAAUGGAUACUAUCAGUCAUAUGUCGACUCUGUAUGGCAGAAAUACUCGUCCGAGACCUUGACGGUCAAUACGCAAGCCCAGUGGGGUAAUGUGACUGGUAAAGUCGUCAGUGGGAAUCUCACUUUUGAUGGUGUUGGAUCCUUUGCUCAGCCGUCUUCUGCCGACAUAUUCUCAUGCAGCACCGGACCCUUUGGCAACUACCAGGAUAAUGUGGCCGAGAUGGGCGCCAUUGGUGCUCGACUCGCCGCCGCCUUCAAUCGCUCCACGUUGCUGAUCAACUCGCAGCAGCCCGAGGGAGAGCAAGUGAGCAAUUACUAUCAGAAUGCCAUCACGAACCACUACUCGCGAAUCUGCCACGAGACCAACACAGAUCUCAGGGGCUACGCCUUCCCCUACGAUGAUGUCGGUCCCUCGAGCGGCGGUGACCAGUCCGGAAGUGUCUUUGACGGUGCACCUUCGUUGCUGACCGUGACGCUCGGCGGUGUCAGCUCGACAGCCUCGACUAGUAAUAGCGCGGCUGCGGCUACGAAUGAGCAGCAGAAGGUGGUCCAGAAAGAGCAGCCGCAGGCGCCGCCAGCCCCUACGCCCUCAGCCGGGACCAGGGAACGGAGAAGGUCGGCUUUUGAUGGGUUCAGGAAAUGGCAGUCACUCCUCAAGCAGAAGUUUGCCAACGCCAAGUGA